ACAGACACACAGACACACACAAGCAUGUCGUCCUUCUCGGAGUCGGCCCUGGAAAAGAAGCUGUCGGAACUGAGCAGCUCGCAGCAGAGCGUCCAGACUCUGUCUCUGUGGAUCAUCCACCACCGAAAACACUCGGCCCUCAUCGUCAAAGUGUGGCACAGAGAGCUGAAGAAAGCUAAAUGCAACAGGAAGCUGACGUUCCUGUAUCUGGCCAAUGAUGUCAUCCAGAACAGCAAGAAGAAAGGACCAGAGUUCACCAAAGACUUUGAGUCCGUCCUUGUCGAUGCCUGCUCCCAUGUUGCCAGCGAAGCAGAUGAGGGCUGUAAAAAGCACAUGGAGAGACUCCUAAACAUCUGGAAGGAGAGGAACCUCUACAGAAGUGACUUCAUUCAGCAGCUUAAACUGGCCAUAGAAGACACCAACAGCCCCAGGCCUUCAGGUCAGACCACUGAGGAGAAGAAGGCGGUGAAACGUAGCUAUCAGAAGAUCCAGGAAGAGGAAGAUGAUGAGGACGACGACUACAGGAGCCACAACUCCCCUCACAACACAGAUAUCUCUGCAACUCAGCUGACAGAGGAGCUGGUCAAGGCCCUGCAGGACUUGGAGAACGCUGCAUCAGGUGAUGCAGCUGUUCGCCAGAAGAUUGCCUCGCUGCCGCAGGAAGUUCAGGACGUUUCCCUGCUGGAGAAGAUCACUGACAAGGAGGCAGCAGACAAGCUGUCAAAGACGGUGGAUGAAGCCUGCCUGCUGCUGGCGGAGUACAACGGCCGACUGGCUGCAGAGCUGGAGGACCGGAGGCAGCUGGCCCGCAUGCUGACUGAAUACAUCAGCAGCCAGAAGGAGGCACUCAUGGAGAGAGAGAAGAAACUAGAGGAAUAUAAGCAGAAACUGGCAAGGGUGACCCAGGUGAGGAAAGAGCUCAAGUCCCACAUCCAGAGUCUCCCUGACCUCUCCCUCCUGCCCAAUGUGACCGGAGGUCUGGCUCCGCUCCCUUCAGCCGGAGACCUCUUCUCCACCGACUGAGAGGUCUUGCCCAGAUGAACUGGCCCGGUGCUCCUCCCCACCCAAACCAAGCCCCAUGUUUGAUUCACAAAAGUAUUUCCAGCUGUGUCUCUAGCCAGAGGACACAUGUGGUCAAACCUCUGUCAGCAGAGUAGCCAGCCCACCUGCUAACUCCAAACCUGCAGGACAAGAGGGAGGAAGGGACAUAAGAGGGACGGUUUGGUGAAAUUGAAACACUCUGCAGAGGAGAACAGAGACUCUGUAAGCCUGGAAUUUUUUCCGUUCUCACUCAGUCAACAAGGAUUCCACUCCACCAGCUUGGAACAAGUUUGUUCCCUAUUUGUUUUUAUUUUUUUUAAAUGCUGGAAAUGUCACUGAUUUAGGAGGAGAGGAGGGGUGAAUAAGCAAAGCUUGGACAGACAUAAAUGUUUGUUGUCAGGGCGUGUCAAAGUGUCUUUUUGUGUGCUAUAUUUUGAAUUCAGUGAGAAAAGGUGGGCCGUAUGCUCUCACAGUUCUCAGAGGUUGUGACUACACUGUGAAGAGGAUGUACCAUUCAUUAGUUUUAUUUCUUGGCUUUCAUUUGGUGGCUUUUUAUUGACACAUAGUCCAAUAGAUGGUUUUGAUGAGCGUAUACAAUUAGAGAAGAUAUCAGAUCUGGUUCAGUGCAUUUUGGUUGCUUCAUGAAUGCCGUUACAGAGCAGGCUCAUUUCAGUAACACUUCAAAGAGUCUGACUGAAUAGGAUUUGUGGGACAGUAUCAUCCUGACAGUUGAAAGUCAAUAGACAAGCUUUGAUUUUCAUCUCCCCAUUCGCACACUUUUGUUUUCAUUUACAGACUAAAACUGUGCAGAUUCAAAGUACUCGUUUGUUUUCAUACUUUAAUUUGGACAGAUGCUUGAAAUGUGACGAGGCUAAUUAUGUUCUUAAGUGUGUUGUAGGCAAGGUUUGAGUUUUACAAACAAGUCCUGGAGGUUUGAAGAAACAAUUCAAGGUUUGCUUUCUAUGAAACUGACUGGUCUUUAUUUGUAUGAAAACAUUUAUGAAAUGCUAAAAUUAAAAAAAAAAAAAAAAAAAACUCCAAAAUACAGCGUCACUGAAUAGUGAAAAAAACUCAAGAAAAGUGUUUAGUGUGUAGGGUUGGGAAAUAUGGAAAGAAAAGAUAACUAGGUCAGAACAGGACCUGUAUAUCACAGGAUCAGAACAGGUUGUCAUUACAUUAUAAAUAAACUUGAACUGUCUUCUUCA